AGCUAUAAAAGAGGCACCGGUCACGACGAUGGGCAUCAAACACCUCAACAUGAAGGUGUUCGCGAUUACGAUCCUCCUGGCGCUCGUAGCCACCACCUAUGCCGGUUACAUAAGCAGCGGCUGGUCCGGAGGCGGCGGUGGUUGGUCCGGCGGCGGUGGUGGCGGCGGCGGAUGGAAAGGAGGAUGGCCUAGCGGAGGUGGCGGCGGGGGUGGAUGGAAAGGAGGAUGGAGCGGAGGUGGUGGCGGCGGCGGCGGCGGCGGCUGGUGGUAAAGGACAACCUGGAAGAGGACCUGCGAACAAUUAGAAGGAAAUUUUGCUCACCGAUCACCAUCAGUGCACGUCUUGGCUGUAAUCACACCGAUUGUCGGUCCACGAAGGGAUAUCCUGCUGACCUCUCUCGUAUCGCUCCUACUCUCUCUCUCUCUCUCUCUCUCUCUCUCUCUCUCUCUCUCUCUCUCUUUCUUUCUCUAUCCUGUCCUUCUUUUCUUCCGUCCGUACGGAAGAAAGAACGCGAACAGCGGAGCAUCGUCGCGGCGAGGAACGCGCGGUUUCCACCUCGGUGUAAAACGUACCGGAGAGAAGAAAGGAAAGGAAAGGAAAGGAAAGGACAAACAGGCUGGCUGGCGAGAUCACGAUCUCCUUCCUUCGUCGCAACGAAUCUUCGCACGAACCUCUCUCGUUUGGUGUCGUUGGUAUACAGAAGCUGACCGGGAUUGCCAAUCCACUUCCGGCGACCUUCUUCGAUCUCUCUCGUCCACCACCGAACGUCCGAAUGCAAAAAUCUCCGCGUGUUAGACGCGCGUUUCCUUUCGAUCGAGAAUUUGGCAUCUACAACUCGCGACUACGGGACACGUCCGAGACUACGGGAGAAGGCCACAGGGCUACUCUUCGACCAAAAUAUUUAGCGAAUAUUACUCUAGAUACUGCAAAUUCGAUCUCGCGUCGGUUUAUAGCUUGUACGUUGUAAUUCGGCUUCGCGUAUCCGAGGAAAAAUGGAUUGUAACGACGUAGGAGAAAGAAUAUUGUACAGCGUGUUUUGUACCCUCUUUCGUUUUUUGUUUUUUUUUUUUUUUUUUUUAUAUAUAUAUAUAUAUAUCCGAUUUCCACGUGGGACGAUUAAAAAUUCAUUGACACACAAAACAUCGUGGCGUUUCAUUUGUUUCAAUACCCUGCACUACCUAUUGAGACCUUGCUGUUCUCGAAACGUUAGAAUUGAACAGACGUGUUAUUAUCGUCUAUCGUUAUUCAAUAAUAUUAUUGUCUACCGUUCGAUAGAUAUUAUUAUCAUUCUUUAUAAUACUACGUUUCAAUGUUCGAUACGAUCAUUGAAAUCUCACGAUCUUUUGCACAUGGCGCGCACAUCUGUGAAUAAAAUAUUAGAAAAAAGGACAAAUGUAUUUAGAAAGAUGUGACGCGACGAAGGAGCGAGAGGAACAACAAGGUUAAAAAUUCGACACCGUUCCAACCUUCAAAUUUUUCUAUCCAAUUCGCGGGAUAGAAAGAAAGUUUCGACCAGCCAAAAAUGUAUCGACGCACAGAGAGAACGACGCUGUUUUCGAAAUUUUAUAAACCGAAAACGAGAGAGAGAGAGAGAUUCGUUGCCACGCAACGCGCAAUGUGUUCGCGUCACGUGGACGUGAAUUAAACGGCUGUAAAUCCCCGAAUCGGCGAGCCUCCUUUCGAUUUAUGAAUCCACGGUCAUCUUGCGCGCGGGGUGAAAAUUAAAAUCGGGGCGAAAACGGGCGUGGCACGGCCGCGAUAUUGCACAGCCAAUGGAUUUACUAUCGUUCGCGCGCUCGCAGCAAUAACAUUUCCACGGCUGCAACGACGAUAUUGCAACGGCGUAAAUAUCAUGGACACGUUGGAUCGUUGGAAUGAUCGACUCGGAAAGUAUCGCGACACGGGGGUGCAACGACUCCAGACCGCCCACCAUAAUUUCCACGGACAACGCCAUUGUUACCCACGAUUUUCACGACAUACUCGACUUUGGUGAUUCUUUUUAUUAAUAUUCACGGAUGGGAUUAAAUCAACGACAUUCACGUGCAACGCAAUGUUUACGUAUAUCACGUUUUAAUAUCUUUUUUUUUCCUACGUUUGUUUUCGCCUGUUUCGAAAAUUUACAAACGCAAAAGUCUUUUGGAGAAGAAUUAACAAGAAUUUUACAGUGCGUUGAAAAUGCUCGGUGUAUUAAUUUAGUUGUGCAACAUCUCAUUUAAUGAGAUAAUCUCUAACAAUUUUCCAGAAUGAAGGACAUAUUUCGCGUCUUGUGAAUUCUUGUUAGAAAUAAGUCGUAUACAUCGUACAAUGUAAUUGUAAAUGUUACCGAAGGUAAUCAUCAGGAUACCAGAUCGCAAUAAUAACGGAUAUCUCAGUUGUUAUUAAUAA